GUAGCCUAAAGAAGAAAAAGAAGAAGACGACGACGGAGAGGGGUAGACUGUAUGAAGACAACGGCGACGGGAACUUUUUCGGCAUCAAAACAGAUUAAAUUCUCGUUUGAAGACACUUGUCAAUUUGAUUGGAACCACCAUCCUCACAGUCCAGAUUCCCGCUAAGGUAUUUGCCAGGCUUUUGCUGAGCAGCAUUACCUCCUACUAUAAAUGUGUACCUUCCAUUUCUUGUGAAACUUACAUUUUUAUUUGGAUGAAACAAUUUUGCGCCGGGCCAUCAAAUCCUUUCAAAAGCAGACGUUUGCCUGACGUCAAGACACACAGAAGGAGUCUUUUGGUUUCUGCAUUUGACAAAACCAUUUCAUUUAUCCAAAGUAAUUUUUUCAUCAAGGCAUUUGAAUUCCCGUUUGCGAAGAGGGCCUGUCAAGGAGGCCAAGGAGAAAUUUAUACACUUGUGGACUUUGCCAUCUGGGAUUUUCAUUUUGCAACAUUUAAAAAUCUUAAGGAAUUUGGGGCACUUAGAAUUUGUCACACUGAACAGGGGAUGCGCGGUUGUGACUUUUUGUUUUUUUCCCACAUUGGAAUGUUUUUUUGCCAAGACCAUCAUUCCCUCUUUGUACAAGGGCUCCUCAGUCUCGAGGUUACGAACAGCACGCAAUGAACUAGGGUGCAGUGGCAUAAAAAUGGUUAAUACAAGAAGUCAUGCUCAGUUACUGCUGUAUCUAUUUUUUCAUUUAUUUUUUUUCCCCUUGAAGUGUCUAUUACACAAAUAUUUACUUAUGAAUUUACUACUACGUUAGCGUAUGUUAGUGACUAUGUUACAGCUUGCGUACAAGUAAGGGUAGCUGGCGUAGGAACAGAGUUCAAUUGUAAACUGAGGAACCCCUGUUCUUAGUGGGCUUUACACGAUCAGGAUUUUUGGGGCCGAUGAGCGAGUUUAAAAAAACUAUAACGGAUCGCCGAUCCGAUCACAUGAUAGAGGAGAAUGUGUCUAUUUAAAUGACCUGUUCAUUUACUGUAUAUACUUGUGUACCUAAUUGCUCCAAAAAUUCUAUUUACAAUAAAUGUGUCUUUGUUCCUCUAUUUAUGCCAGUGAGGCAUACUGACAGACAGAACAAAUGAAUGGUCUUUAUUUGAUGGCAGGAAGUAAAUACAGUAAUUAAUGUAUCCACUUUUUGUGACAUUUUUGUUUGUUGGUGUGGUGUGAGAUUUUUCAAUUGUGAAAUAUGUUCUUUGGCUCCAUAAAGGUUGGAAAUCACUCCUCUAGUCAGAUCGUGUAUUCUUAUCAGUCAGGUCAAACCAACAUUACAUGACAGAAAUAAUGGGUGCUAACUUAGUGUAAAUAAAUUACUUUAUUUUUUAUUAAAUUACUUACCCACACAGAAACUUUAGAGCAUGAUUCGACGGAACGGCGGCAUGUUUACGUCCAACUGUUUGUGCUAGCAGUAGCUUGCUAGGCUACAUAACGUUUUGUUGCCUGCUUGUGAGCCGUAUUGUAUUAAAAGUACAGGAACAUACCUCAAGCAAGCCUUAAACGAACGUCCUCUCCUCUCCUGAGCACCGCUGACCACCAACAGACGUUUUUCCCCAUUUUGUUCUUGCAAACACACAGCGCGAUCCACUCUUGUUGUCGUCGCCACAGUAACGAGUGUAUCCGGUCGCAUUUGAGUUGACAAGAUAAAACUCACUGAUCGUAAAAAAACGGGAUGCGGUGGUAUCGGAAUACAAGGUUUUAUUGCAAUAGUCUGACAUAGUGCAAGGGUGCAAUAGCAAAUUUGUCUUGUAGUCUGAUCCGGGGCAUUAUGUGUUGUCUGUCUCAGACGUUUUGUCUGUUCCACAACUCUGUUUUUUUUUUUUUAAAUAACUUUAUUGGCCAUCAGAUAUUUGCAGGUCUAUGUCAAAAGACGCGCGACAAGGCUAAAAAUAAACUAGCUUUUGGAUUCAAAUAUGCUGUGCACGAUGGCGACGCGGAGUAAGUGUCUUUUGCGUGGUCAUCGAUCGGAUCGGCAAAUUAUGACAUUAAAGCCGAUCAGCAUAAAAUGUUAAUUGUCGGCCGAUACCAAUAAGGCCGAUAUAAUCAGUGAAAAGUCUAGUUCUUAGCUGCAUACUAAUACUAGACUGAACCCAAACCAUGUUGAAUUGGAAUGACCUCGAUCAGGAUCUCAGCUUUGCCACCAGUAUAAAAUAACCUCUGUGCAAAUUGCAGCGGGGAUCCUUGCCGAAACAUGUUGGUGAACUUGUGUGCCCGGCAAUUAAGAAAACUAUAAAAACAAUCUCAAUCGUUUCAUAGAAUUCAAACCGCGGUACGCAUUUUGAAAUUGUGCUUUUUCACAGAAUGCAGCUGGUCCCUAGUCCUUCAAGAAUUUCCAAAUCGCUGUCGCGUUUCCUGCGUAAUUUGAAUUUCCACGUUUCCAAUGCGCAACCAUUUUGCUCCAUUUACAAAUUUUCAUCCUACAGAGAAACUUUAAUCUCUUCUGUCACCCCAUUGACAUUUUUCAGGAUCGUGGACGCUUGUAUCCGCUCUAAACAAAACAUUUCCGAGCAUUUCCGAACAUACGAGGAACGAAUCCGGUAAACCUUGGGAUCAAGUCAUGUCUCGCCGAAGAAGCCGGAGUUCAUCGCCGGUGCACUUCUCAGGCACCUGUAGCAGCACCGAUCCCCGGGAAAUGGAACGAAGGAUUUUUGUUGGGAAUUUGCCGACAUCCGACAUGAAAAAGAAGGAUUUGGAAGACCUUUUCAACCCAUACGGAAAGAUACUUGGCGUUUCCCUGUUUCGUGGAUAUGGAUUUGUACAAUUUGAACGCGUAGAGGAUGCAGAAGCUGCAAAAGUGGCCCAAAAGGGUCGAAUUUAUAAAGGUUAUAAAAUAGAUGUAAAUAUGGCAGUGGAGCGACGGUCAGCUAAACCUCAUUCCCAGCAGAGCCCUCCACGCAGGCCAUACGGCGGGUAUGGGGACGGCAAGGAUCCCCGACCUCGGUCCCGCUCGCCAGUUUUGCCUCGUGACAGCCGAGAUCGCGACGCACGUGAACCCCGAGAUCGUGACAGCCGUGACGGCCGUGAUGGGAGGGACCCAAGGGAGCCUGCUAGAGAUCCCGGCAGAGAGCCAAGACCGGGAAGCCACCCUCGCGACCAUGAGUACCGCUACCGCGGUCUGGAGAGCAGAGACAAGGACCUGAGAGGCACGCCGCGAGAUCCCUCCUACAACAGAGAGGAUUAUGACCGUUACCACCGUGGUGGAAACGGCCCCGACGACUACUACGGCAGAAGGAAGGAUGAGCCAUACAGGGACCAGUACAGGGAGCCUUGGAAUGGACGCCGUGAUGCUGAAGCAGACGACCGCGCUCGCCCGGAGGAGCGCCGGCGUAACGAGCUUUAUCGACAGUACUAUGAGGAGCUGCAGCGGCGCCACGACACCGAACGUCCCGUCGACUGCUCCGUGAUCGUCGUCAACAAAGCCCAGAAUAGGGAGUACGCUGAGAUGGUUGGACGCAAAGUUCACGACUUGGGCAUGGUGGUGGACCUGAUCUUCCUCAACACCGAGGUGUCCCUGACUCAGGCGCUGGAGGAUGUGGGCCGCGCUCGCACGCCGUUCGCCAUCAUCAUUACCCAGCAGCACCAGGUGCACCGAUCCUGCACAGUCAACAUCCUAUUUGGCACGCCUCAAGAGCACCGCAACAUGCCGAUGCAGGACGCCAUGAUGCUGAUCGGCCACAACUACGACGCCUACAAGAUUGAGACCCGCGAGAAGGAGCGCGAGGAGAUCGCCCGCAAGGCCGCCAAAAUGGCUGACGACGUGCUUCUCCGCGACCCCGACCGCGAGAGCCACCCCAUCUCUGUGCUAACGGCCAUCACGCUGCUCACCGAGAACAGGUUUUUAACGCCCGAAGAACUGGAAGGUCUGAUCGUGUAUCUCACUGACAAACGGGCACGGCUGUUGCGAAAUCCCGCGGACCCUCACACAGCUGCGGUCCUGCCCGCGACUGCCGAUGCGGCGCCCUCGGCUGCGGUGCUGCCUGUGGCGAGGGUGGCGGGCGUGGCGCCGGCGCCGGCAGUGCCAGGAUCACAGCAGCCCAGCCACAUGGCACCGCACUCCGGCCUCAUGGGGGCACAGUCCGGUCUCAUGGCGGCGCAAUCAGGCCACAUGGCGCCUCAGUCCGGUCUCAUGGCACCACAGCAGUCUAGCCACAUGGCGGUUCAGUCCGGCCACAUGGCGGUUCAGUCCGGCCACAUGGCGGUUCAGUCCGGCCACAUGGCGGUUCAGUCCGGCCCCAUGGCGGUUCAGUCCGGCCCCAUGGCGGUUCAGUCCGGCCCCAUGGCGGUUCAGUCCGGCCCCAUGGCGGUUCAGUCCGGCCACAUGGCGCCUCAGUCAGGCCACAUGGCGCCUCAGUCAGGCCACAUGGCGCCUCAGUCAGGCCACAUGGCGCCUCAGUCAGGCCACAUGGCGCCUCAGUCCGGCCACAUGGCGCCUCAGUCCGCCCACAUAGCGCCCCAGUCCGGCCACAUGGCGCCCCAGUCGACACCAAUGAGCACGCAGACCAACCCCAACCAGGAGCUCCAGGCCAAGAUCCUCAGUCUGUUCAAAAGCACCGCGGGCAUGCAAGGAAGCGCAUCAGGCUCCUCCUCCGCCAGCGCCAUCCAAUCUCAGGGCUACGGCGCCCCCAUGGGCCGCACGACAUCUGCUGCUACGCCGGGUGGUCCGAGAGCCGCCAACUCUGCCAGCGGUAUCAAUUUUGAUAACCCGAGUGUCCAGAAAGCUCUGGACACGCUCAUUCAGAGCAGACCGGCUCUCAACCACCUGGUGAACUCUGGUGGGCUGCAACCUCAGCAACAGCAGCAGCAGCAACAACAGCAGCAGCAGCAGCAACAGCAACAGCAACAAAUGCAGCCACAACAAAUGCAGCCACAACAAAUGCACCACCUACACCACCAACAGCAGCAGCAACAGCUUCCACCAACGAGACCAGCAGCCAACAUGGGCCAAAUGUCACAGAUGUACCCCCGACAUUACUGAGGAUUAGGAGGCGUAAAAGAGAUUUUGUAAACGAUUUUAACCUUUUUUGUUGUUGUUUUUUAUGAGCGUUGUGAAUGUUUGCAUCCCAUGCUUUAGUUUCAUGUUCUGUUGGUAUAAUGAUGACAAUUCUGUAGUCUUUUCCCAGCAUGAGAAUGUUUGAGUUCAUAGACUGCUCCUCCUUCCUCUUGAUGUGUUCAUUAAAAAAAAAAAAGUCACCACACAACUGCUGUAAUAAAAUGGUAUUGGUUUAUUGCAUUUUGUGCUGACAAAUCUAUAAAAUAGAACGGGUAUCAUAGCCAGAAGCCAUAGAGAGAGAAGCAUUUGAAAUGUAAGAUAAAACUUUUUUUGUUUUUAGUGUACCAUGAAACACAAUAGAGAGAAUACAUGUUGACUUUUUUUUUUUUUCCUCAAACCUUAGAAUAUUUAACUUACAGUGACACAGAAAAUAAACACUUCCACACUAACUGUAUUUAAUUUAUUUACAUGAAGCCCACCCUCUCGCCCACCACCAGCUCCCCCUCCCAUGUGCAAAACACAUCCCACCCCACAAAUGAAAGGAACAAUACAGCUUUACCACACACUGACCGAUUCUCGAUGGAAUAAAAAAAUUGUAGUUGUGACUCGUGUGUUUGCAGUACAGUAUUAUAAUAAUCUACACUAAGUUUUCAAGCAUCCAUACAAAGUGUUCCCCACAA